UACAAAUUCCCUUGAGUUGAUCGAUCCAAAGCUUGAGGUUUUACAGAUCUGCUUUGGCACCCACCCUGGACAAGAAGAGGAAAGUUUCGUUUCACCUUCAGUGCUUUGAAUCUGGCUGGACUUUCCUUUGAGUUGUACUGUCAAUAAUUCAAUAUCAGUCAAUGUGUGUUUUAUAUACUAAUCGAAUGUAACGAUCUUUACCCUUACGUUGAUUUACCAAGCCUGCAUGGUCGGAUUGCGACUGUGCUGUGGCUGCCAUGGCCAGACACUUACACACAGCAACUUUUCUUUCACACGCAUACGGUGCCCAGUAUUUUUGUUAUAACUUGAGAAAAGUGACGGCGCAUUUGAGAUGGAAAGGUGGCGGUGUUUUGAUACUAACAUUUCUUGACAUUUUGCAUGAGCUAAAGUCGAAUUUGGUCUUCUCGGGACGGGCCACUGGAGCCCGACAAAAGGACGAGCGCUGCGUCGCUCAGCAAAGACUGUUGUAUUGUCUGGCCGGAGGAGGACGGAUGGAACUCUUUCUCUUUGAUUCUACUUGGGUGUCACCUCUCCCUUUUUUCGAUCGCGAAUGCGGGAGUCACACGCAAGCAGCAGAUGCUCACGACAUUCACAGGUUUUCCCCACCAGGUUUUGUAGCUUUGCUCGCUGUCGGCUUCCACGGAUCGUGAUCACUGUACUCGAAACGAUUUCCGUGAUCAUCCUCUCAGGAUGGCUGCUGCUGCCAAUCUGCCAAAAUCUGGGAGUGAAACUUACUUUGAGAGCGAAGUCUUGAGGUGGUUUUGUGUGGCUCGGCCAGAAAGAAAGGUGAGCUUGUUCUGAGAGGUAUAGCAUCAUGGCAGCUAUGGCCGACGAAGACUGCUUGCGUGGUAGCUUUCAUCUUGGCAGUGACAGUAGCAGGACCAUCAAGCCGUGGUCGACCAGGAAAUCGUCGUCCAAACCAUCGUCUCCGUGGCUCAGUCCUUUGCGGCAGCGCCAGUUGAUCCAGCCGGUGUCGAGCACUCGCGUCUGGGACGUAGAGUUCCCGAGAUCAUCGUCGUCACCAUCGAGGCGGCAAAGCCAGGAUCCCAGGAGCAGGGAGAGAGUGAAGCUGCGGCGAUCGCUCUCGCUCUUGGAACGCCCAACGCCGCCACCGCAGCCGUGUAGCUCCGUCCGCCGCAGCCUGUGGAGCGGCGAGAGCAAGCACGCCCUCCAGAUGCGACUAGGAGUCUACCUGGAUGCUAUGCCCGAGGAGCCCAUCAUCGCGUCCAGCAGCGCUAGCGAUUUGGAAGAAGAUCUUCUUCUUCGUCAUGGCGACUGCAAGGACGAUGAUGAUCGUGGCGAGAAGAAGCAAAGCCCAUCCAGCAGCAGCGAUCAGGAGGCGGCCUCAUCCAUCUUCUCGUCCAAGACCUCAUCCAUCUUCUCGUCCAAGAAAUCCUCGUCCUUCUCCUCCACCAGCGAUGGCGGCACAGCCACCUCCUCCAAUCGUGCUCAAGAACGCGAAGAAGUGGAAGAACAAGGUGGGUUCCUGGAUUACACGCUUGUACACGGCCAGCUCGUUCUUCCUCCGGAGGUAGAAGAUCGCGACAAGGAAGAGGACAAUCGGCCGCCAUGGCCAGCAUCGCCAUUGCCGCCGGUCCAGGCUAUGGCGGACAGAUACCCGGCCUGGGCAUUGAUGCGAUCUCUCACGGAGAAGAAGAAAAAGACGAUGAUCCACGAGGAGGACGGUGAGCGUCGGCGCCACGUCGCCAGGAGAUUGCUCUUCACAUCCAGCCCUAGCGAGCAGCAGCCACGACCCUCGUCGCGCUUCUUCUCCCCAAGCCCUAGGAAGGAGAGGAGCGAUGGUGGCGGUGGCGAUCUUCUCAAGACUCUCUUGGACGCUCUGCCUAGAGCGCUGAUCCGGAAGAGGAGCAGCAGCGGCGGCAGCAGUAGCGCUGGCAGCAACAACAGUAACAGUUCUUCCUCGGCACACCUGCAUUGCGCGAUCCGGCACGACCACCAUAGCUACACGUAUCUCGUGGAUGGAUCCGAGGAGCGCCUCGUCGCGCGGGUGCCCAGGCCUCGGCAGCAGCACGAUCGAGGAGAGAAAGAGCACGAGCAGCCACAAGGUCAAGAGGAAGAGGUGUGUUCUUUCUUCUCGUGGAAGCGUAGCUCCUCUAGGGCGAAGGCACGAUCUUCGUGGAGGCCGGCAUGGGCGUCGCCCAGCGCUGGAGAUUCCAGGUCGCAAGAGUCCUCGGAGCUGGUGGCAAGCAUGAGAUUGCGAAGGAGCCCUUCAUCGAUCGCGGAGCUCCAGUUUGUUCUAAGCGAUGUUUGCGAGAGAUCGUCGGCGCUGGAGCAGCGCCAAGGUGACCAGUCCAUCGAUCAUCGUCUCAGCUUCUCAUCGUGGCAGAGCAGCAGCCUCUCCUCGGCGAGCUCCUCGUCCAAUCCAUCCAAGAGCUCUACCAGGAUCACGAAGAAAAAGAGCUUGUCACACAACUCCAGCCCGACCAGGGGAAAGAUCGCCGACGAUGACGACCAAGAGCUGGACAUUCUUCGCGAGGUCUGGAAGCAAAUGGAGGCCGAUGAGAGAUCUCGAGCCGCCAAGAAGAGGAUGAAUCCAUUGCAAGAGCUCGCAGCCAUCGUCGUCACUCUUCCAGGCCUAGCGACUAAUCACCAUCACCUCAAGAGCUCCUCGCAUUCCAGGAAUCCCAGCGUGGAGUCUCUUCCAGAUCAUGGAUUCGCGGCCAUGAGCGUGACGGCCAUUCUUCCCGUUGGCGAGCAUGGGCUCCCUGAUCGUCCAAACAGCGAUGGUGGUGACCGUGAUAGCAGCAGUAGUGGUGGUGCCGGUGGUCCGAGUUCUUUGAUCCAGCGGUGGAGGAGGGGAAAAUGCGAUUGUGGAGGCUGGGAUCUGGGAUGCGCGCUUCACACUCUUGGAAGAAACCCGGACGCUAGAAGCCCGCUAUCCAGCAAGCUAGACAUCUCCCUCCAGAUCCAAGGUGGGCGGGGGCAAAUCGAUCGAGAUUGCUUCGAGCUGGUGGGAUUGAGCAACGGUCUCUUCUCGGUCAAAUUCAAGGAGCCAUUGUCGGCGCUGCAAGCGUUCGCUACAGCGGUGGCGAUUAUCCACGCGAGCCGGGUCAACACUGGCCAGGACCUCUGGUCGGCGGGGUCAAACAUUUCGAUGCUCUCUCGAUGCCCUCCUCUCGAGGAACUAUGAAAACAAAUGCUAGGAUCCGUCAACGAUAGUCAAACUUUAAGGCAUAUCUUAGCAUAUCCUAA